GGACAGGGAGCUGGCGAUCAGCGAGAGUGAGUUGCCAUUUUUAAAGGGCGGCGCUCUCCUGUUUAAAGACCCCGUGCGCCUCCAUUGAAGUAGGUCGUCAGCGCCAGCCAUCAUUGCCCGACCAGCUGAUUUUGUUUGGACCGAGCCAGCGACAGCGAGCCAUAGCCAGGCGAAGGUGCAAAACGUCUGCGUCGCAAUUCCAGCCACACACAUGUGUUGAGCAGCACAGCAGCAAGGGUCGGUGUCCACCCUGCAGCUUGUCGUCAGGGUCGACGUCGCCCGCUCGGCCGAGGUCGCUGCUGUUUAUUGUUGUUGUUAUCAAUCGAUGACGGCGGCGGCCAGGAGGUGCGCUCUUCACCACCCGUUUCACCCAUGGUGAAGCCCUGGUGGAUCCCGUCUUUGGGACGCAAGAAGGACCACGGCUUUUCCGCCAUGAAACAGAACUACAUUCAGCUUACGCGUGUGUUUUUAGACGAGGAAGCGAUGAUCAACAAAAAGUUGCCCAAAGAACUGAUUCUCAGGAUCUUUUCCUACCUGGAUGUGGUGUCGCUAUGCAGAUGCGCCCAGGUUUCCAAACUAUGGAACGAGCUGGCGUUGGACGGCAUGAACUGGCAGAGGAUAGACCUGUUCGACUUCCAAACCGACGUCGAGGGAAUUGUGGUGGAAAACAUUGCUCGGAGAUGUGGCGGCUUCCUGAAGACGCUCAGCCUCAGGGGCUGUCAGUCUGUGGUGGAUAGCUCUCUGAGAACAUUCGCCCAGCAGUGCAACAACAUCGAGGAGCUGAACCUAAAUGACUGCAAGAAAGUGACGGACAGCACGUGCCAGUCGCUCAGCAAAUACUGCCCAAAACUGCAACGCCUCAACAUUAAUUCCUGCUCGGCCAUCAGCGACCAGUCCUUAAAAGAUUUGUCCGAAGGCUGCCACCAACUGACUCACAUCAACAUCUCGUGGUGUGACCACAUAACUGAAAGUGGCGUGGAAGCUUUGGCCAGAGGCUGCAGGAAAAUAAAGGUUUUCAUCGCCAAAGGGUGCCCAAACAUCACAGACAGAGCCGUCAUGACGUUAGCUCACCUGUGUCCUAAUAUGGAGGUCAUUAACUUGCACUCCUGCUCUAGUUUAACUGAUGAUGCAGUUCAACAACUGGCCGAGAAUUGUUUGAACAUCAGGUACCUCUGCUUAUCCGGCUGCCCCAAUCUGACAGACACCGCUUUGAUGACGCUUGCCCAGCAUUGUCAAGCGCUCAGCACGCUGGAGGUGGCCGGAUGCUCGCAGUUUACAGACGCUGGAUUCCAGGCUUUGGCCAGAAGUUGCCAUUUAAUGGAGAAAAUGGACUUGGAGGAGUGCUCAUUAAUUACAGAUGCAACAAUCAUUCAUUUAGCUAUGAAUUGCGCUCGCCUUGAGAAACUAAGUCUGUCCCACUGUGAACUGAUCACGGACGAAGGCAUCCGGCAUUUGAGCACCUCGCAGUGUGCUGCCGAGAACUUGACUGUGCUGGAACUCGACAACUGCCCCUUCAUCACGGAUGCCUCCCUGGAUCACUUGAUUUCCUGCUACAACUUGCAGAGGAUUGAGCUCUAUGACUGCCAGCUCAUAACCAGGGCUGGAAUCCGAAGACUAAGAAACCACUUGCCUAACAUCAAGGUGCACGCCUAUUUCGCCCCCGUGACCCCACCACCGGCCUCAGGAGCGACGCGACAGCGGUAUUGUCGCUGCUGCGUGAUUUUGUGAGCUUGGAUUCUGCGCCGUCGAGAAGACGACGAGGAGUCGUGACACGGCGGCCGCGCACGGACUGAAAAAAGACUGAUUUCUCGGGAGUGAGGGCUCGUUUGAUCAUCGACACAGUGAUAGCGGCAAUCCAGGCGGGAGUCACAGAUCUGAGACCACGCGGAUUUUAGAAAAUGUGAUACACAACAAAAAAAAGAAAACACACCCACACGUAUUAGGCGGAGGAUUGCGUUAGCCGCGCUGAUUUUACAGCAGCUACACCAUUUUUCAUUCUGUUGAAUGCCAGCAAACACGUUUUUGUAAUAAAAUAUCAUGGAAUGUUUCUAGCACUUGUAAAUCGAGUACCGAUCAUCUUGAUAAUAACUGUAUAAAACUUCUCUUCACUUAUCUAUCUUUUGUAAGAAAUCGCUUCUUUAGUCAUUGUCACUGUAUAUUACAGGCAAAUUGAUCAGCGUUUUGCUACGGUCUUAACUCUUUCGUUUCACGUAUCACUGUACUGCUGCUGCAUCACUUUGAUGGUUUCAUUAUCGCCUUACGGACAGACCAAAAAUAUCAAAGCUAUAUUAUAUUUAUUUUUCGUGGUAUUGUGUAAAGCGGUCACCUUAUUAUUUGCUAAUUACGAUAACAUUGCAUUGCUGGUGCGUUUUGAUUUUUUUAACAUGUCAAAAACGUUAGUUAUUUUCAUAUUUAUUAUAUCUCGUAUUUUUGGUUAGGUGGAUUUAAUUAUUUAUUUUCCAACUUGAAAUUUCUUGAAACUGUGAUGAUGCUAACUCCUUUUGGUAACCACUGAAAUUGUAAACGUAUAAUUCAUGUACUUGCUGUCACGUUGGGUGUACAUUUACAUUUCCUUUUGCAAAGGUUUUAUAGCAAUUAAAAAAGAAAACUAGACGAGGAGAUCCAAAUAAUCAGUCCCUUGCCCUCAUGCGCAGUGAACUAGUGUUUUGUACAACCAAAACAGAGCAGAGAGUGCUGUUUAAUGUUAUUAUCAAGUUCUGAUUCAAUGAUCUAUUAAAUGUUGCUGCAUAGUGCUAUGGCCACAUCGUCUAAGAUAAUAGCAGACUCGAGAAAAGUUUUGACUCCUGUCUAAAAUUUCAGUUUGAUACGAGCACUCUGCUUGGGCUUGCAUCCUAACUUGUUGCCUAGACAAGAAGUGUCUCAAGUAAAAUAGAGAGAAGAUUUUAUGUUCCAUUUUUAUCAACUCACACAACAUGCAGUUAAAAAUAAAAAAUAUAAUCGAGUCCAUUCUGCCAAUUUUGAUAAAUAAUAUCAUUUCUUUAAAAAGGACGCUGGCAGAUGAAUUGUUGCAAAUUAAUUGAUUCCCUCUGUGAUGAUAUUUAAUGUUUAGGUACGUACUAGGUUAUGGCCAGAUUAUUUGUUGCAUCUCUUAAACCAUAAAGCAUAACAUAAUGAACGUAGCAAGCGGUUUUGAUGAUGGUUUGGAGCUUAUUAAUGAAAUGUGUACAUCUUAAAUGUGUAUGUCAGGCACAUUUUAAAUUAAAUAAUAUAUGCGUGCAUUUUAAUACUGGCGUUAGAGGAGUGUGUCGUGUAUAUAAAAUCUAUAAUACUACACUGAAGGGCAAAAUAAUUUUUUAUAUAUGUGCGCGCGUAUGCAAGCAUACAAGCGAAACAACCUAUGAUUGUAUCAAAAAGUCACGAAAACAAUAAAAAUGCUGGAAGUUCAUUUUAAUGUGUCUAAAGAAAAACAUUUAAAAGGAAA